AUGACUGAAGAGGGAUCCAGACCAGUCUGCUUCCCAGAGACCAGUCUGCUUACCACAGACCAGCCUGCUUACCACAGACCAGCCUGCUUACCAGAGACCAGUCUGCUUACCACAGACCAGCCUGCUUACCACAGACCAGCCUGCUUACCAGAGACCAGUCUGCUUACCACAGACCAGCCUGCUUACCAGAGACUAGUCUGCUUACCAGAGACCAGUCUGCUUACCACAGACCAGUCUGCUUACCACAGACCAGUCUGCUUACCACAGACCAGUCUGCUUACCAGAGACCAGCCUGCUUACCAGAGACCAGCCUGCUUACCAGAGACCAGCCUGCUUACCAGAGACCAGCCUGCUUACCAGAGACCAGCCUGCUUACCAGAGACCAGCCUGCUUACCACAGACCAGCCUGCUUACCACAGACCAGCCUGCUUACCAGAGACCAGCCUGCUUACCACAGACCAGCCUGCUUACCACAGACCAGCCUGCUUACCAGAGACCAGCCUGCUUACCACAGACCAGCCUGCUUACCAGAGACCAGCCUGCUUACCACAGACCAGCCUGCUUACCACAGACCAGUCUGCUUACCACAGACCAGUCUGCUUACCAGAGACCAGCCUGCUUACCAGAGACCAGCCUGCUUACCAGAGACCAGCCUGCUUACCACAGACCAGCCUGCUUACCAGAGACCAGCCUGCUUACCAGAGACCAGCCUGCUUACCACAGACCAGCCUGCUUACCAGAGACCAGCCUGCUUACCAGAGACCAGCCUGCUUACCAGAGACCAGCCUGCUUACCACAGACCAGUCUGCUUACCACAGACCAGUCUGCUUACCAGAGACCAGUCUGCUUACCAGAGACCAGCCUGCUUACCAGAGACCAGCCUGCUUACCACAGACCAGCCUGCUUACCAGAGACCAGCCAGCUUACCAGAGACCAGCCUGCUUACCACAGACCAGCCUGCUUACCACAGACCACCAAUAUGAGCAUAAGGAAGGCCAACAGGAGGAUAUGUGCUGUACACAAAACUCUGCUCACUAUCCAGAAAGACUAAAUAACCAGGAAUCCCUAACACCAUUCCAAGGUAUUUGA